GGCCCGGAAUCUCCCCUCAGGACUGCCUCCUUUUCCCGGCGUGCCCCGCGCGGCGGGGUGUUCAAGCACCGGCGGCACCACGAUGGCGGCGGCAUGACGGGCGGGCGGCAGCGGACACUGUUCCAGGCCUGGGGAACCCGCGCGCCGCCUCGGGCCCCUGUGGAGGCGGCCUCGGACGAGGAUGAUGCGGUGCUGCUGGCGGCGGCGCACGAGGCCGAGGCCGAGGCCGAGGCGGGCGGGUUCUGCCGGGUCUCGGGGGCGCUGUGGAUCUACCCCACCAACCUGCCGGUGCGCGGCUACCAGGAGCGGCUGGCGCGGGCGGCGCUGGAGGCCAACACGCUGGUGGUGCUGCCCACUGGGCUUGGCAAGACCUUCGUGGCCGCCGUGGUCAUGUACAACUUCUACCGCUGGUUCCCGUCUGGCAAGGUGCUCUUCCUGGCGCCCACCAAGCCCCUGGUGGCGCAGCAGAUGGACGCCUGCGCCUGCCUCAUGGGCCUGCCACGCUCCCACAUGGCUGAGAUGACAGGUGGUACUCAGGUUCCCAACAGAAAGGAAAUCUGGGACAGUAAAAGAGUCUUUUUCCUUACUCCUCAAAUAAUGGUAAAUGAUCUUUCUCGUGGAAUCUGUCCUGCUGGAGAAGUUAAGUGUCUGGUUAUUGAUGAAGCUCACAGAGCUCUUGGAAACUAUGCCUACUGUCAGGUUGUAAAGGAACUAAAAAAAUAUACCAAUCAGUUUCGAGUCUUAGCUCUUAGUGCCACACCAGGGAGCGACACAAAGGCUGUGCAGCAAGUUAUUUCUAACCUAUUGAUUGCACAAAUAGAGAUAUAUUCUGAAGAUUCCCCAGAUAUUCGUCCUUACUCUCAUGUGCGACAAAUGGAAAAAAUUGUUGUUCCGCUCGGUGAAGAGCUAGCAGAAUUUCAGAGUGCUUACAUCCGGGUAUUAGAAACAUUUGCUGACCGAUUGAUUAGAAUUAAGGUUUUGGCACAGCGUGCUAUUCCCAGCCUUACAAAAUACCAGAUAAUUCUAGCAAGAAACCAAUUCAGGAAAAAACUGCCAUCACGAAAUAUGGGGAUACAGCCAGGCACAAUUGAAGGAGAUUUUGCUCUUUGCAUUACUUUGUAUCAUGGUUAUGAGCUAUUGCAACAAAUGGGCACACGGUCAUUAUAUAUGUUUCUCUGUGGAAUUAUGGAUGGAUCAAAAGACAAGGUGCGUACAAGGAAUGAACUUAGCCGCAACGAGGACUUUAUGAAUCUGUAUCAGCAACUUGAGAACAUGUUUGCAAACACAGCUCUGACUUCAGCAAAUGGAAGUCUCUACAAUUGCAGAACAGGACCUGAAAAUAAAAGAAAAUUCAUCUAUAGUCAUCCCAAAUUAAAGAAAUUAGAAGAAGUUGUUGUAGAACACUUCAAAUCCUGGAAGGGGAAUUCAGCAGACCAAAGCGUAUCUGAAAGCAAACCUACUGAUACCAGGGUUAUGAUCUUCUCCUCGUUUCGAGACAGCGUCCAAGAAAUUGCAGAAAUGCUUUCCCAGCAUCAGCCGGCUAUUAGAGUCAUGACCUUUCUUGGUCACUCAACAGGAAAGAACACAAAGGGCUUCACACACAAGGAACAACUUGAGGUGGUAAGACAUUUUCGUGAAGGGGGCUACAAUACACUGGUUUCUACGUGUGUAGGAGAAGAAGGUUUAGAUAUUGGAGAAGUGGAUCUUGUAAUCUGUUUUGAUGCUCAGAAUAGUCCAAUUCGUCUUGUGCAGCGAAUGGGUCGAACUGGGCGCAAGCGGCAAGGUAGAAUUGUUGUCAUCCUGGCGGAAGGCCGUGAAGAACGAACUUACAAUCAGAGCCAAUCUAAUAAAAGGAGCAUUUACAAAGCCAUUUCAGAAAAUAAAAUGCUUCAGUUCUACCAGCAAAGCCCACGUAUGAUUCCUGAAGACAUAAAUCCAGAGAUGCAUAAAAUGUUUAUCACUCCUGCAGCUGAUGAACCAGACAGCUUAAGACCACUUUCCAAAGAGAGAAGAUCCAGCUCGCUCCUGCAUAAAACAUCGUUCCCUUCCAUUAGCACUGGCACAAAGCAAGCAGACUUGCAUGAAAACUGGUUUUUAACAUCUGAAGAAUAUGAAGUAUGGAACAGAUUAUACAGACUAAAGGAAAGUGAUGGACUGAAAGAACCAGUCUUGCCUCGUGUUCACUUUGAGACUUUAGAAAAUCUGGAAGAAGCGGCUGAAUCUGGAGUGGAAGGAGCUCGUGAGCUUUCUUUGUCUGAGUGGAGACUCUGGCAGAAUCGUCCUUUUCCUACACACCUGGUUGACCAUUCAGAUCGCUGCCACCAUUUUAUUAGUGUUAUGGAAAUGAUAGAAGUGAUGAGGCAUGAAGAGGGGGACUGCAGCUAUGAACUGGAACUCCAGCCUUACUUGCAGAUGGAAGAUGUUAUGUGCUCAGAUGCUCAAAAGAGUAAAAGCCUUUCUACCAGCAACUCCAUACUUGCUCAGAAGGCACAUGCAUCCAGAAAAAGUGUGGUGCGUGCAUCCAAAACAAAGCCUUUUCCACCUAGCAUAACUGAGAUGGAUUCUGAAUGCAUUUCCCUGUUUAAAACCACCAAUUGCAAGAGCACAAAAAGAACUUCAGCAUUUCACUUGGAAGAGUCUGCAGGAACAAAUACCAUUUUAGAUUCCUUUACAAUGGGAGGAGACCCUGGUGUUGAACAUACUGAUCAGAAAACUCUACCAAAUGAGGAAAUGGGAAAGGUGACACUUGACUUAAAUGGAUUUAUUGCCUCAAAUGAUUUUGGUGAAAAUAUUACUAGUCGUGAAAGUGAGGGAAUACUGGAACACAAAUCUAAAGAUAGAUCCUGUAAUGUACUGGAGAGAAACUGUGCAGAUUCUGGUUAUGGUAGCAUCACACAUGACGAGUCAUCUUUUUCACCCGACUUAUUUUACCUACCUGAAGCAGAGUUGGAUUCAUGUUCACUCACGACUCCCUCCGAGGAUCCUUCAUGGAUAAAGGCAAUGCUAGCCAAUGUACAAAGGCUUUUAUCCCAGUCUCCUCCCCCUUUGAAUACACUUGAUGAUUUUGAAAGAUGGGAAGAAACUAGAGAAGAUGAAUUCUGUUGUUUUCAGAAAGGUAUUUCUCACGCUUCCACAGAGAGAGUGCAGGACAAAACUGCUUUCCCAGAAGUCCAAAGUUCAUUUCUGUCCCCUGAGAGAGUCUCUGAAUUAAAAACACCCCUUAAGUUACGUUCCUCCAGGAAUAAUUCUCCUUCAGAAAACAGCUGCUUUUCUGAGGCUUGUAUUAAUAAAACAAUUGAUAAGAUUAGCUGGGAUGACAUCUUUGAUGGUGACAAGGAUGCACACAUACAAGUGCUAAAGGAAGAUCUGACAAAGAGCCCUUCAGAUGAACGUUUGGGUGAAGGGUAUGAAGAGAACGCUGAGAAUCAGAAAAAUGUGCCCUCUGUCCACGAGGAGAGCAUAAACUUGUUUGAAGAUGAAGACAUUUCUGAGGCACACUUUUCUCCCAACUUUCAGCUGUUAGAGGCAUCAGAGUUGUGUGACCAAGUUACUAAGCCAGUUGCUGCACAAGGCUCUGAAUGGCAUAUGCCAGACGAGUGCCGUCCAGGCGGUGAUACAAAUCCUAGGGAAUCACUGUCAAGUUGUAGAACUGAAAAUUUGAAAGUGUCCAAAGAUUUUUUAAGCAAACAGUUUCUGGACAAUGAAGAUCUGUCUGACUGUUCUCAGGAGUUAUUCUCUGUUAACUUUGACCUAGGAUUUUCUGUUCAAGAGUCUGAAGAUGAACUUUUAGUGGAAGCAGACAUGAAUGCUAGUAUUCAAAACCCAGAUGAAGUCUCGGACAGUCACACAGACGUCAAACCUAUUGAAGAUGAAAACGAGUUAUUAAAUGGUAACUCGGGGCUUCUGUCUCCGCCAAAAUCAAAGGAUGAAAGCUGUGGUAGAAUAAACUUUUCUGCACCACAAGAUCAGGGCAGUGGUUCAGCCAAAAUGACCGAAAACUGUAUCCCCGUGGCUUCAUCUUUGAAUUCAACACCUAAAAAGACAUUUGUAUCACCUGACUCUUUAGUGUUGAUAUCAUCUAUCCCAACAGGUAGAAGAGUUGUGGGGGUGAGAGACCCCAAAAGAAUACCUGCAAAUGCUUUUUCUAGAAUUGGGCAGGAAAUUCCACUAAUGCAGGGUACAAAUAAAGUAAAUAUUAGAUGUGUUAAACUCUUCCCAAAUUCAGCCUUUGCUACACCAGGUCUACUGGAUCUCCCCUUAGGAAAGGCGAAGAACCCAGAGCCUACGAAACUGCCCAUUUCUGGUGCAUUUCCAGCAGAAGGAAGUAGCAGUGAAAGUGAAGAAGAGAUUUUUUUUCAAAGGAAAAACAAGAAAAAAGGAAAUGUUUUGAACUCUCCUGAUGUUAUGAGUAACAGCGAUUUGGAGUCACCAAUUUGUGCUGUCAAAAAACGUAGGCAUGCACUUAACAUAUCAGACCUCUCUAGCGAUGAAGGAAUGGAUUUUCAUGAGAAAUCAGUCGGAACUAUGGAUUUCAACUUGAGGAGCUGUAACAAGAAACAGUUAAAAGGUGUGAAAAGGAAAAAGACUGAAAACAACCUUAUGUUUAAGAAUGCAGCCAGACAAUUUUUAGAUGAGGAAGCUGAGCUUUCCCAAGAAGAUGCAGAGGAUGUGUCAUCUGACGAGAGUGUUUACUCAGAGAAUGAUCCGAACUCCUCACUCAAUCAGUUCCUUGAUGAUGAAGCAGAGAUUACGCAGGUUUUAAAUGACUCUGAGAUGCAACAAGUUUACUUGAAAUCUGUGCGGAGUCCAGCUCUUGGCAAUAGGUACAAGAUGGUGCAUAAAGGACGCAGCAAUAUGGCAGUUUUCUCACAGAUUCCUGAGCAAGACGAGACUUAUUUAGAAGACAGUUUCUGUGUUGAAGAGGAGGAGGAAGAGGAAGAGACCUACAGAAAAAGUGACUCUGGCGAAGACGAAGUGUGUGUCAAUUUUGAUUUUCUAAAAGAUGAGGAAUGUGUCAGUGGAAGGAAACAAUACCUCACUCGCCGCAGAAGGAAGCUAAAUCAGGACAGGACAGAAAACUACUGUGCUCUUCCCUUGGCAAAGAAGAAAACCUCACGAAUUAUUAUACCUGAUGACUCGAGUGAAGAAGAAACAAAUCUCAGUAAUGCGAGGGCUGUGGAAGCAGACCCUCUCCGGACAGAGCAGGAAAAUGCUCACCUAGGCAAGCCAUUGCCUCCAGACUCCUCUUUGCACUUUAUGGUCGCUGCUAGAGACGUCCCUGUUUGUCAGUCCCUGGACAGUAAAGCUCAGAAACUCCUCGACUUAAAGGCUGCGGUGUCUGAAGAGCUGGACUUUCAGCCAGGGAGCCGGGGCAGAGCUAGACCUUCACUGACUCCCACUGAUUCCCUGAAGGGGAAAGGGAACCUUCAGCCUCAGCUUGAGGUAGAGCAUUCUUCAAACAACUUCCGCACAAACACUUUUGAUGCAGGCCAGUCCACUUCCAAAGGAAAGUCCUCGGCUGCCAUGCCUGCUUCAUCCAGGCUUCUGGAAACAGAAGCUCCGCCCUGCAUUUUGGUGGACAGUCGUGAGAUCUCCUCUGGAUCAGAAAUAAUUUCUUCCCUGAAGGCAGUUCAUGAGAUAAAGGUGCAGGUUUGCUCUCUUGGUGGCUGUGAUUACAUUGUCAGCAACCGGCUGGUAGUGGAGAGGAAAUUUCAGUCGGAACUGUUGAACAACAUGAACAGAAGUAAACUGAUACAGCGGAUUCAGCAUUUGCAGAGCAUGUUUGAGAGGAUAUGUGUGAUUGUGGAAAAGGACAGGAUUAAAGCAGGAGAGGCCUUGCGCCAGUUCCACAGGACCAAGCACUACGACGGCAUGCUGUCCGCCUUUGUCCGGGCGGGAAUCAGGAUCCUCUUCAGCUCCUGCCAAGAGGAAACUGCCAAGUUGCUGAAAGACCUGGCUCUGGUGGAGCGAAGGAAGAACGCAGCCAUCGCUGUGCCAGCCGAGGUGAGCAGUCCCAAGCAGGACGCUCUCCGGUUCUACCUGAGCAUCCCCAACAUCAGUCACUUGACUGCACUGAACAUGUGCCACCGCUUUGGGUCUGUGAAGACGAUGGCCAACAGCUCACCGAGGGACAUCGCUGCUGGCGCCCAGGUCAGCCAGCAGAAGGCUGAGGAGAUCUACCGCUACAUCCGCUAUGGCUUUGACCCGCAGAUGCUGCCUGAAAACCUUAACACUAAUGGGAAAAGCAGCACAUCAGCGGCAAAGUGCUGACCCACCCUGUGGCCAUACCUUCUAAAUAAUGCACUUUAUUCUGUUUGGUUUACUGUAAAAUGUGUAAAUAAAUCCUUGCCCCAAAGCAUG